AAGAACUUUCUUUAAACCGCAAACAUUUUUGGUCAGUGGGAUUCAGUGUGCGGUGAUUUGACUUCCCGCUGGAUCCCGUCUCCACUUUCCUGCUUCCAAAGCUGCAGGUGCAGCUGGGCGCCGCCGCGGGAGUGAAGCGGCUGCCGGCUUGGUGACCCCGCCGUGUACCUUGCGCCCAGACGCGGAUGGACAGGCACUAGGGAGCGGUGCUACGGCCCGUGGCGAAAACACGGCAUGCAGGCGCUCAACAUCACCCCAGAGCGGUUCUCCCAGCUGCUGCGGGACCACAACCUUACCCGCGAGCAGUUCAUCGCGCUGUACGGGCUGCGGCCGCUGGUGUACACGCCCGAGCUACCCGGGCGCGCCAAGCUGGCCUUGGUGCUGACCGGCGUGCUCAUCUUCGCCCUGGCGCUCUUUGGCAACGCGCUGGUGGUCUAUGUGGUAACCCGCAGCAAGGCCAUGCGCACCGUCACCAACAUCUUCAUCUGCUCCUUAGCGCUCAGCGACCUGCUCAUCGCCUUCUUCUGUAUCCCGGUCACCAUGCUCCAGAACAUCUCCGACAACUGGCUGGGGGGUGCCUUCAUUUGCAAGAUGGUUCCCUUUGUCCAGUCUACUGCUGUUGUAACAGAAAUUCUCACUAUGACCUGCAUUGCUGUGGAAAGGCACCAAGGACUCGUUCACCCCUUUAAAAUGAAGUGGCAGUACACCAACCAAAGGGCUUUCACAAUGCUAGGUGUGGUCUGGUUGGUGGCAGUCAUCGUAGGAUCACCCAUGUGGCAUGUGCAACAACUUGAGAUUAAGUAUGACUUCCUAUAUGAAAAAGAACACAUCUGCUGCUUGGAAGAGUGGACCAGCCCUGUGCACCAGAAAAUCUAUACCACCUUCAUCCUUGUUAUUCUCUUCCUCCUGCCCCUUAUGGUGAUGCUCAUUCUGUACAGUAAAAUCGGUUAUGAACUUUGGAUAAAGAAAAGAGUGGGGGAUGGCUCAGUGCUUCGAACUAUCCAUGGGAAAGAAAUGUCCAAGAUAGCCAGGAAGAAGAAGCGGGCUGUCAUUAUGAUGGUGACAGUGGUGGCUCUCUUUGCAGUGUGCUGGGCACCUUUCCAUGUUGUUCACAUGAUGAAUGAAUACAGUAAUCUUGAAAAGGAAUAUGAUGAUGUCACAAUCAAGAUGAUUUUUGCUAUAGUGCAAAUAAUUGGAUUUUCCAACUCCAUCUGCAAUCCCAUUGUCUAUGCAUUUAUGAAUGAAAACUUCAAGAAGAAUUUUUUGUCUGCAGUUUGUUAUUGCAUUGUAAAAGAAACCUUCUCUCCAGCACGAAGGCGUGAAAAUCCAGAAAUUGCCUUGAUGCAGAAGAAAGCAAAGUUUUCCAAGAGAGAGAACCCAGUGGAAGAGAGCAAAGGAGAAGCAUUCAGUGAUGGCAACAUUGAAGUCAAAUUAUGUGAACAGCCUGAGGAGAAAAGAAAUCUCAAACGACAUCUUACUCUCUUUAGUUCUGAACUUUCUAAGAAUUCUGCUAUAAGCAGUGGCCAUUAAUUGUAUCAAUAUCUUCAUAAUGAAUGCCAUUCAUUUGUAUUCCAAAGAGGAAGUGAUUCUGAACAAAGUUCAAAGAUUUUUUUUAUUCUUCAGCGGUCGACACGAAGAGAGCAAAUCAUUUUUCCACUGAAAAUGGCAUUAUACAUGAAAUUACAAUUUUGAAAAGUUACUAAACCAAGCCAUACAGAACUCAUUUCUAUUGAUUAACAGUUUUUCCCCAUGCAGUCAGUAUUAUGUGACUUUCUGUUUAUUGCUAAAUUGAAUGAGAAAUUUACUUUAAAAUCAUAUCUUCUCCCUUGGAUAUUAAGUUGUUAAUCGGGCACUGUAAUGUAAUUUUUAGUGCUCUAUUAGAGUUAGGCGUUAUAGUUUCUUGCAAAUGGGCUCUGUGCUAUAAUCAUAAAAUCAGAGAAGGUGGAGAAGCAGAAUAAUAGCAAAUAAAUGAGACUUAGAGGUGGAUGCCUGCAUUGGAGCUUCUUUCAGCCCUCAUGGUGACUGUUUCUGUAAUGACUGGGAAGUCAUAGAUCCUUUUCCAAGCCUCUAUUUUUCUUUUGUUAACUGGCGGUGACACUUUUUCUACUUCAUAGAGCUGCAAGAACAAAAUGAGGCAGAAGCAGAAAAGCCCUUGGUAUUCACAAGCACCUUUGUGUUCUAAAACACCUUCACAUUCUGGAGAAUUAUGGAAGCUCUUUGGCUUCCCCUUUCUGUUGCCUUUUCUUUCUGAGACACCCAACCCUGCCCAGGUUUCUUCCUUGUGCCUGUUUUGUCGCUGAUUUCUAUAACCAAAAGAAGGAUGCUUGGGGAGCCUUAUGGGUUGACUAUAAUAUACUUAGACCAAUCCAUGUCAGAUAUUUAUAGUGUUAAGUCUCUAUUUUCACUGGCGGGGUGAAAGUUUCUUUUUGUAAGAUUUUAUGCAGAGUUCAGAGAUAACAGAGUGAAAUGAUUCCAAGCCCAGGAAAUGUCAGGUAGAGUGUUCCCCACCCCCCAGUCUCCCUUAACCUCCAACCUUCUCUCCUCAGGGCUGUUUCUGAUGCCCCAGCCAUCAUGGACCCAGAGGCCACCAACACAGGAUCCUAUCUUUGCCCUUCAACAUCUGCAGUUCCCUAAGUCCAUUCACAGCUAAAAUGCUGCUCCUGUCUCUAACAUGAAUUCUUCCA